CGCGGGGGUGUGGUGAAGGGCUUGUUGAAAAGGAUGCACGUUCGUCUCAUCUUCAGCUGUUUUGUCGGUCCACUCCUCUGCCCCAGAAGUGUCGAAAAUGGACAUUUUGUUAGCAAUAUGCGUUUAUUUGCUGGCUGCUGUGUGCUUUGCUGAUAUAGAUGCUGUUGUAGAACCCCCGCCUCCUAGCAGAGAACUUCGUGUUGAGAAGCUUGAUUAUUACGUGAACACGGAAGCAGGCAAAGCAAUCCUCUUCUCUGAAUUUCUGGGUAUCAAGAAUGGAAAAAGAAGACCUUGGACGGUAGCAGAAAAACCAGAAAAUUUACCCAAAAAUAGAUACGACGAUUUGUUAGCAUAUGAUGACACUCGGGUUAUAUUAGAACCCCGAUCUUAUGAUGAUUCCGAUUAUAUCAAUGCAAAUUUCCUCGAUGGUUUUCAUCAUCAAAAAGAGUAUAUUGCAACACAAGGACCUUUGCCAAACACAACUAAUGAUUUUUGGGCAAUGGUUUGGCAACUGAACAUCAAGAAAAUAGUGAUGCUUGCAAAUCUCUUGGAGCAUGGAAAGCCAAAGGUUGCUAAGUACUGGCCCGAUGACACGCAGGCCUUUGGAGAUAUCAUAGUAACAAAACUUUCUGAGCACUCAAUGCCAGAAAUCCAGCAUGUAGUCAGAAUUUUCACCCUUGAGAUGUCUGGGUCAGUUGGAUUCCGCAUCGUGCGUCAUUUCCAUUUCACCGGCUGGCCGGACCUGGGAGUGCCCAGUGAUCGCUUGUCUGUGUUGGGUCUCUUACAACAAGUCCGAAAAUACCUACCCGACAGCACAGAGCCUAUUUGUAUUCAUUGCAGUGCCGGUGUGGGCCGCACUGGUACGGUUAUCCUUAUGGAUUCGAUGAUCGAGAGAGCGAAACAAGAGGGUUUGGUCAAUUUCCCUGAAAGACUGGACCACAUGAGAGUGCAAAGAGUGGACGUCGUUGAGAAAAAGGAGCAGUACGUAUUUGCCCACCAGGGGGUGAAUGAUCUCUUCCAGAACAGCACCGAAACUGUCGAAUAUCUGGAAAAGGUAGAUCAUCUGCACCGUUCACUGCACAACGAACUGUACGAAAAGGAGUUCCAGAGACCAUUAUGCAUGGGGGAAGCUCUCGAGAGAAUCAGGUGGCACAGCCACAGGAUCUCCGCCGUGCUUGCAGCUGUUGACAAAGGAUUUCCCGAAGCCGCUUGAAAAGAGGAAUGCGCCUGACAUGCAAAAGAGACAAACUCGUUGAAAGCAAGCAUGAACUGGUCGAUUAAAGGGAAAAGGAUAAUAAACCUUUUAAUUAUAAAUAGUGCAAAGUCUGUUCUUAAUAAAAUAUUUCAGUUUCAUUUUA